AAAAAGGACUGCACCACACAUAAGUGCUAGCAGAUUGAAACUGGAACUUAAUCAUGGAUGACCGCACUAUAGAUUCCAUAUUCUUGGGUUCCCUGGAGUCCCUGCCGCCGGUUAGCUCGAAAAUUGUGCGUAUUUUUACCAGCUCCACGUUUACGGAUACGACGAUGGAGAGAAACACACUGAUGGCCAAGUGUUAUCCCCGAAUCAAGGACUACUGUCGCGAGAAACAUGGUCUCGAAUUUCAGGUGGUCGACAUGCGUUGGGGUGUUCGAGAUGAGGCCACAGACGAUCACAUGACCACCGAGCUCUGCAUGCGAGAGAUCAAAAAUUGCCAGCGCCUAUCGAUGGGACCCAAUUUCAUUGUGUUUCUGGGCCAAAAAUACGGCUACCGUCCCAUACCCACAUACAUAGUAUCGUCGGAGUUGGCUUUAAUUUGCGAGGAACUAACAUCGAUGGGCGUGGAUCGUGCUCUGCUAGAUCUAUGGUACAAAAAAGAUAGCAAUGCUGUACCGCCCAUCUCAGUGCUGCAGCCCAUAUCGUCAAUUUUAAUUAACUUCAACAACAAGCGCGUGCCCAAGCUGCAAGCAGAGGAUCAGGCUGUCUGGUGGGAUACGCUCAACAAGAUGCAGAAACUGCUGCGCAAAGCGACUGCCUCGUUGGGCGCCAGCAAUAAAAUGUCAAAGGACGAUGUACACAACUAUUUCAUGUCGGUCACGGAACGUGAGGUUAUCAAUGGCAUACUGAAUGUGAAGAAUACAAAGAAUCAUUGCCUAUCCUAUGUGCGCUACAUAAACAACAUCAAUUUGCAAAAUCUUAAAAAAGCUUCGCUCUUUGUGGACAUUAUCAAUCGCAGCUUAGACACGGAGUCCGCUAAACUACUGGGUGAUCUAAGGGAUACUCGGUUGCCAGCCAAGAUAGAGUCUAGCAAUGCACAAAAAUACACAGUGGAGUGGAUUGGACGCGAGGGUCUGGACAUUGAGACGCAUGAGGAGUAUUUGAAUCAUUUCAUUUCGCACUUCUAUAAGAAUGUUGUUAAGCUCGUGGAUAGGGCCAUGCGUAAAGAAGACUCCAGUGCACAGGGGCAGAUAGUAACUGAGAUCCUACAGCAUUUGCACGCUUGUAACAAUUCGGUGAAGAUCUUUUACGGCCGUGAAGAAAGUUGCGAGCGUAUCAAGCGAUAUAUGCUGGGGGAUUCAGAUAAGCCACUUGUCCUUUUUGGUGACGGAGGCUGUGGCAAAACUUCAUUACUGGCCAAGAGCGCUGCGCUGGUUGCCACCGAAUGGUUUGCCGACAAGCGACCCAUCAAUAUCAUACGGUUCCUUGGCACCACGCCGGAUUCGAGCGCCUUGACGGCAACGCUCAUAUCUAUAUGCCAGCAGAUAUCGUACAACUAUAUGCUACCCUUUGAGAAUAUACCAGAUGAUAUUGUGCCAUUAACAGCAUAUUUUAAGCAAUUACUAACUUAUGCUAGUCCCAAUCAGCCGUUAACCCUAUACUUAGAUUCCGUUGAUCAAUUGACGGGCACUCAAGAUUCAAAUAAGGUAUCCUGGAUACCAACACGUUUGCCAGCCCACUGUAAGAUUAUCAUUUCGUGUGCGAAUGAACCGGCGAAUCCGACAGUUUCCCAUGAAUAUCAUGUGCUAUGCAAAAUGAUUGAUGUGGAGGAGAACUUCAUAGAGGUGACUGCUCUGGGGGAGGAUCUGGCGAUGAAUGUGAUCAAAAUGUGGAUGAAGACAGCGUGUCGCGAUCUUAACAACUACCAGUGGCGUUUGGUGGCCAAUGCGUUUAGCAAAUGCUCACUGCCCAUAUUUGUGAAGCUGGUCUUUGCAGAGAUUUGUCGAUGGCGCAGUUAUACGCGUCCGCAGGAGACCCAUCUGGCCAACACCGUGAUGGACUCAAUAAUGUUGCUCUUCGAGCGUGUGGAGAAGCAGCAUGGUCGCAUCUUGGUGUUUCACGCGUUGGCCUACAUUACCGCCUCCAAAUCUGGUCUAUCCGAAAGCGAACUUGAGGAUCUCAUCUCAUUGGACGACAAGGUCUUGGAUGAUGUCUAUCAGUACCAUAUGCCGCCAACGCGUCGUAUUCCCCCACUGCUCUGGACGCGCAUCAGAAAUGAUCUGCCCAACUAUCUGAGUGAACGGGAAGCGGAUGGCGUCAAUGUUAUGAACUGGUAUCACAGACAGUUCAAGGACACAGCCAAGGAGCGCUACUUUAAGAACAUGAACAUGGCAAUAUAUUUUCAUUCCAUGAUUGCAGAUUAUUAUUUGGGCAUUUGGGGAGGCGGCAUACCCAAGCCAUUUAAAUUCACGGAAAUUCAGAGGCAUCGUUUUGGACUGGCUGACAAGGAGGGAUCUGCAGAUCGUAAGGUGCCGAUACAGCCGCUGGUCUUCACCAGCAAGGAUGGCCUGUCCAAGCGCUACAAUUUACGAAAGUUUGGGGAGUUACCUUUUCAUUUCGUGCGCUCGCGUCGCUUUAAGGAUCUGUUCGAGCACGUGCUCUUCAAUUAUGAUUGGCUGCAUGCGAAGCUCUCGAGUUGUCCACUGCAGUCAGUGCUAGCUGAUUUCGAGGAUGCUUCGACCAACACAGAGGACAAGGAGUCGAGACGUGAACUGAUGCUGGUGGCGGAUGCAUUGCGCUUGGGUGGUGCCAUUUUGGCCAUUUAUCCCAAUAUGCUGGCACCGCAGCUGAUUGGACGACUACUACCCGAGAUUGGUGGCAAUCCCAAUAUUAAGAUGUUGCUACGUGCCUGUGAUCGCAGUGGGCCCAAGGAUUGUGCUCUCAUUCCGGUCAAUCAUUGCCUGCACACACCUGGCGGACCACUUAAGUACUCUCUGGAGGGUCAUCAGUUCGCAGUAUUUGCCUUCUGUCUGACAAGCGAUAUGCGUUACAUGGUCUCCAUAUCAACGCAUUUCAUUACCUUUGAUUUGUCCACAUCAGAUCUAACGCGAGAUGUGAAUCCCGGCAUCGAAGGCAUCAUGCAGCAACUAGUCCUCAGUCCGGACAACAAGUGGGCGUCUGCCUAUUCGAACAACAAUCAGACGGUGCUGCUCAACAUGCUCUCCAGCGAGUUUGUGGUUAUCAACAGUCCAUUCGAAGAUUGUGAUGGACCCAUUAGUGGCUUAUAUCUGCUAAACCAAAAUCUUUUUGUAAUUUGCAAGCUGCGCUGGGCGAAAUUCGACAUGCGUGGCAACUUGGUGGACAUCUUUGAAGUGCCGGGACAAAACACAGAUUGGGAGAUAUUGUCAAUGGAAUUCUUCACUCCAACCGAUUACAAUGUGAUCUUUUGGUCGGGCUCCAUUAAUGAAAUACGCUUGCGUUUGGACUCUUGUCGCACGACAAACUAUUCAAAUUCAGUUCAGUUCUUCAGCGCUUUGGUCAUGAACAAAGGACGCACGCGUGCUUAUGGCUGUGCCAAGAAGGACAACUUUGAAGUAUCUGUCUAUGAUUUUACGGAAAACGAGGCAACGGGUGAGAUACACUGGAGCUUCGUGGAGACGCUACCACGAUUUGAGAACGAUGAUAAGGAAAUGUUGCUGCAGUUGCGCCUGGAUCAGCACCAAAACGAUCGCAUGUUGCUUGGCACCGCUGGCAAGGGCUUUGUCAUCUGGGAUUUUGGCAACAAGGAAUUGGGUAGUGAACGCGCACCCAUAUUCGAGGGUGCAAUGUACUUGGCUUUGCCGCAUGGCGUUCGCAACAUCACCACUCGCAUCAUGCAGUCCAAUUCAAUUAUGGUCAGCUCUAAGCUGGAUUAUGCAGUUGCUGGCGUUCGCAAGAAUCUCUACGUAUGGUAUCUGAACACUGGACAGCUGGCCAAAGUGUUGGAUGCUCACUUCGGGCGUAUCAUACAGCUGGAGCCGCUUACCAUUGGCAAUUGGAACAAUUUGGUUACAUCCUCCAUAGAUCGUUCAGUCAAGGUAUGGAACAUAAACAACAUAUUUGAAAAGGUUCACGUGAUUGAUCGCCAUGAGCUGCAAAUCGACGACAUCAGUCUCUCCGAAGUGGACAUGGCUGUGACAGUUACUCGCAGCUGUGUGGGCGUCUGGGAGACACGCUCCGGCCGCCUGCUGGCCAAGCUGGCAGACAGCCCCUUGGGUGCCAUUGUUACGCACGCGGAAAUCACACCGGAUGGACGUUACAUUAUCUCAUCGGAGACGGGCAAGUUUUUGAUCUGGAAUCGCGUUUCCGAGCAGGUCGUUUACCGCGACGAUCAGCCUGGCAUACAGCAGAUAACACUCAUGGAUUACGGCUAUAAAGUGUUGACCGUAUCGGUGCCCAAUAUCAAUCAGCGAGAUAUCAUUGCAGCUGCGGCAGCAGCAGCCGGUGCCGAUGAAACGAAUCGCUUAACGGCCAUUACAACAGUUCGUUCGGUUCCAGAAGGCACAAUACUAUUUCGCUUUGAUUUUCCAAUACGCAUGAUAACUGGCAUGCCAUUUCGGCAAUCAGUUAUAACAGCUGAUAAUGCUUAUAUUGUAGUGGUUACUGUGGACAAGUCCAACAAAGAUUGCCUGGGCCUUUAUAGCGCCACGAAUGGCGCAUUCGUAUCGAAAAUACUGCUUAAGGGUUGUGCUAUUAAGGAGGUGUUCGCAUUGGUGCCCAUGCCACACAAGGCGAAUCAAGUGGCUGUGAUUAGCAGCGAGAAGGGCAGCAUUAUGGACAUCAAGAGCAAGAAGCAUGUGCGCUCCAUAGCCAAAUGGGGUGGCAGUCUCACAAGGGAUGGCAAAUGUGGGCUAUAUGCACCGACGCGUGGUGGACUGGAGCUGUUGGAGCUGCGCAAGGGAACCACGGUGAAGACUUUUAUACCAAAGAUCGCAGAGGGUGUAUUCUCCGUCAUUUGCAUAUUCACGGAAAAUGAUGAGUAUGUGGCAUAUUAUCACAGCGGCAGAAAGACGAUUCGCGUCUUUCGCACCGCUGACACUGAGAUGAUAGCCAACUAUAGACUGCAGGCUGAGCUGACGGCUAUCAAGAGCAGCAAGGAUGGACGUGCGAUUGUCCUGGGCACUGUGGAUGGCUGCAUGUCGGUCUUGGCCAUUGUGGAUCCCAAAAAGGAGGAGAUGAUUGAGUACUUGAAUGCGCUACCGUCGCGCGAUGAGAAUUGGAAGGCAAAGUUGGCCAAGAUGAAGGCGCGCGUCGGCUUCAAGGCGGCCAUAAGAGUGGCUACCAUUUCGUCGCGCUAUGCUAAGCCAAAGAAUGGCGACGGUGAUGGGGAGGAAGAGGAACUAACUGAAAUAACGGAGGACGUUGUGCCUGUGGCAGAUUAGAUGAUUU